GUGGGGCAAUUCGACACUCGUCGCAUCUACUGGUGUUCCAUGCAAUACAUUCAUCUUUCAUCACAUUUGGUUCAAUUCUUACUGCCAAUAUGAGAGUUACCCGUCUAUUCAUUAAUACAGCUCUGGAAUUCCACCCCUACCGCCGCCCUGCCAUCCCGACUGUUCCUAUAUGGCGCCCCUUCUGUCGUCUAUUGCACACAACGCACAUUGCAAGGGCGGAACAUGGGAGCAACAGCAGCUCGCCGGACAUGACUGCCGUACUACAAGAAUUAUCAAAGAACCCAAAAGCCAUGGCGAUUUUCCAAGCCAUCCAGCGUGACCCUCGGUUACUGAAUGAGGUUCAGUCUUUGGGGUUACUCCUACAUAGCAAAGGAUUCAUUGACCCAUCAAAUCCUGUCAAACAGCCGGGUCCUCUCAUUAUGAUGCGGAUGUUUGCUGAUGGCUCGAUUCGGUCCAAAAUGCUGAAUGUUGCCAAACUUCUGACAGAAGCGGGCGCAUUGGAUGCCAAUGGAAAGCCCGUGGAUAUGGCUAAUGUAAUGCAAAUCAUGAUGGGUGGUAGUCCUCCGCCACCCGAAGCAGUUAAACGUUUAGACGGGGAAGGCAGUGAAAAGGGCACACGAGAGGAUGAAGGAUUAGGUGGAAAGAUUAAGGGCUUUUUUAAAAAGUAAUACACUUUCAUAAACAUGCACACCUAAGUCGGAGAAUUAUUCCGGUAUAUCCGUACUCGAAUUUGGCACAGGGUCACAUCCUAU